AUUUACUGUCGGUUUCUCGCACAACCUUCCCUAGCAUCCCCCCUCCCGCUGCAACGGACCACCUGUCUCCCUCGCACCCCAAGUCGAUACCACAGCCGAGAAUCACGAAGUCCAAGAGUCUGAGUAGUGAGAGGAAGAAAGAAGGGGCAGCUAUGCAACGAGGCAACUACCCUCCAAAUACCGCCGCCUCUCCUCCCCUCCACCAUCCAGUCCCCCAACACCAUGUCCCGAUUCCAGUGAUGCACUCCCCGCCGCCACUGCAAGCUUCCAGUGCUUAUGGGAACACAUAUGCGCCAACCCCUGCAAUGGGACAUCCUGCGUAUGGUUUCCUUAAUGAUCCGACGACGCAGAUGGCCUUCCAGGUCGGGGGGCGGGCAACGGAGGUGGCGGGGCAGUAUGUCGAGCAGAAUGUAGGCAGUAUUUACACCCUAUUAGUAUAUUUCGGAGGACUAAUGAAGGGAUGAAUAGUUGGGCAAAUACCUGCAAGUCAGCGCGUUAAAGCAUUACUUCAACGUUUCGAAUGGGUAUGUCUUGCAGAAGCUAGGCUUGGUGCUAUUCCCAUGGCGGCACAAACCUUGGUCCAGGAGUGGAUCGCAGAGGACUAGCGCAAGUGGGCAGAUGGAAGGGUACUUUCUGCCGCCGAGGGAGGACAUUAAUUCGCCGGAUAUGUAUAUUCCAGGUAUGCCACUCGUCAUUCAUCAUUGUUGAUUGAUUGGGCUAAUGUUUAGCAGUAAUGGCGUUCGUAACUUACAUACUCUUGUCAACGCUCCUCUACGGCCUUGCUGGGAGGUUCAACCCGGAGCAACUUGGCUAUACAGCCUCAUUCGCGUUCACGAUCGUCAUCCUAGAGAUUAUAAUUAUCAAGAUCGGAUGCUAUUUGUUGAACAUCGAUAACGACAGUCAGUUGCUUGACUUGGUAGCAUACUCAGGCUACAAGUUUGUGGGGAUAAUUGUCACCUUGACUAUCACAACGCUGGGGUCAAAGUGGUUGGAGUACUUGGUUUUCGGCUAUGCUUUCAAUGCAAAUGCUUUCUUUUUGGUUUGUCCUUCCCACCAGUGGCCUACGGUGGGAGAGGAAAAAGCACUAAUUGCUUAUCAAUUGCGAUCUACAGCUUCGAAGCUUGAAAUACGUCCUCCUACCAGACACCACAGCAGAUAACCCCCGGAGCACCACCUACGCCGUCAACCGCACGCAGAGAAACCGGAGAACACAGUUCUUAUUCCUAUACAGCUACCUUGUCCAACUAAUCUUCAUGUGGUCGCUCUCCUCCGGUUUCAGCUUUCGGAGUGCUGCCACCUGACACAUGGAUAUUAUAGGAGAAAAUACUCACCUUUUUUUCUUCUUACCAAAAGCCAAGUUUUCCCGUAAAACCGGAUGGGGAUUUCGUGUUUUUCCCGGUGUGCCCGUAUUUCAUUCUUCCUCGUUCUCCCCCUCCAGCGGUUCAUUGUAGAUAAGUUUAUCUGUUACCCAAGUUACGCCUGUACAAAACCGAAACCAGAAAGGGGAAGAGAGAGAAAAGGGGUAGAUGGAAAAAAGGAUCAAACAGACACAAACAAGCAAGGAGCAACAGAUG